AUGUCUGCGGAAUAUUUGGCAACCCAGCUUGCGAAGCGUCCCGAGACCACUAUUGUUCCAGGAGACGUUCGCGACAAGAACGCAUCCAACUCCUCAUUCGCUAGAUCCAGCGAUGCGCGCUGGCUGGAUGAUCGGCCAUCGUACAUCCCUCCAGUCGCAUUUGGCGAAAUCAUGUGUGGCCAUGAUUUAGGGCUUGGCUCGUAUGCAGUCGGUAUGAUGGGCUGGACUGAGAAGGCGGUUGUUAACGAGAGCUGUCUAAAUGCGAUAUCCACACCAGAUCCCGUUCACGCAGGUCGUUUGACGGACAGUAUGGGAAUUCUUGGUCUCACAGGUGUCACAGCAUACUGGGGUAUGAUUGAAGUUGUUGGCGUUAAACCUGGUGAUUUUGUGGUGGUUUCUGGUGCUGCUGGAGCAACUGGGACUAUGGCUGGACAGAUUGCAAAAAUCCACGAUGCCACAGUUUAUGGAACUGCUGGCUCCGCUGAGAUAUCGGCGCAUGAAAGGAUAAGGUUCUCGGCGUAA